GCGGGUCGAAGCGAUAUGGUGGUGGGGAGAGCUGGCCAGGAGCAGCCUGGUGAUAGGAAAAUGAGGCAUAAAAGACAUCGAUGGAGACCUGUUGCCACAGUUGCUACACAUCAGUUCACAUCUAAAGAUUCCCCAAUACUAUACAUCAAACGACAUGGUCACCCAAGAGCCUACAGCGGUCGGCGUUCAAGACGCGAAAAAGACCGACCUCCUUCAGGUACACUCGCAGGCGACUGUAGUUGACCAUGCGGAGCUUCUUACCGAUUCGGAGGCAGAACGUCGGCUCCUUCGCAAGUUGGAUCUGAGGAUAAUGCCGAUCCUCUUUGCAAGUUAUUUCCUCUCCGUGGUAGACCGUAGUAGCGUUUCGUUCGCGAAGAUCUCCAACGUGGAGAAGAAGCGCAACCUGCAAGCCACGGCGAACAUCAGCGAAGAGCAGUUCUCAAUUGCGCUCGCUGCGUUCUUCGUUGGUUACAUCCUAUUCGAGAUCCCGUCCAACCUCGCCCUCAAGAAAGUAGUUGCCCCUACGUGGAUUGCCCGCAUCAUGGUCAGUUGGGGCAUCGUCACCACUUGCCAAGUCCUCAUCACAAAGCCCUGGCACUUCAUUCUGCUUCGGUUCCUCCUUGGCGCAUGCGAGGCCGGCUUCUUCCCCGGUGUUGUCUAUUACCUCACCUUUUGGUACCGCAAGACUGAAUGCGCUAAGCGCAUCGCCGGCUUUUAUAUCGCCACGUCGGUUUCCGGCGUCGUAGGAUCAGCCUGGGCGUAUGGAAUGGCUCAAAUCGAUGGGCAAGCCGGGUAUUACGGAUGGCAACUUCUCUUUCUCACAAAUGGCGUGCCCACAAUCGCUCUGGGAUUGUUGGUGUACUUCAUCUUGCCGGCGAAACCCUCUGAUGAGAGCAAGUGGCUCACUCCUGACGAGAGAGCUCUAGCCUGCAACCGUCUUCGAGUUACCGGAGUCAGUGACAGCCAGUCGAAGAUCGACAAGAGGGAAUUUUGGAAGGUCUUCAAGGACUACAAGAAUUAUUUGUUCAUCGUUAUGUAUUUCAGCGUAGUGAUGGCCGCCAAUGCACUAGGCCUGUUCCUCCCGACCAUCCUUUUCAUCCUCGGCUAUACGUCAUUAGAUGCCACUCGUAUGUCCGUCGGCCCUUACGCCGCCGGCGUUAUCCUCACUAUGGGCAUGGCCUACUUGUCCGACCGCACACGCCAACGCUCAAUCUUCAUCAUGAUUAGCGCUCUCAUUGGCGUUAUCGGUUUCGCUAUCCUCGCCGGAACGCCGUUCGCGGACAAGACCGGCAAGUACGUUGGAUGCAUCCUGGCCGUUGGCGGGGUGUUCAGCGCCAUUCCCCUGGUUUUUGCCUGGCUGUCGGCGAACAUCCAUGAUUCCACUUUCCAAGUGACCGCCAUUGCGUUUGUUUCGUCUGUCGGAAACCUCGGAUCGGUCGUUGCGUCAUACGCACAGUAUAAGGACGACAAGCCAAAGUACGUGCGCUCGCACAUGAUAAAUUGCAUCGGUCUCGCUUUGACUGUAGUUGUCGCCGCGGCGUUACGAAUCAUCUAUGCGCGUAAGAACAAAAAGCAGCACGCUGCUCGGCAAGAUAGGGAGAGCGCAGAUGGUGAGAUGAAUCGUCCGGCGUAUGUUCUGUAGGGGACCAUUUCCGUUCUUCCCCGUUGCUUAGUUCUCAGAGAUCAUCACCGCGAAUCCCCCGAUGUCAUUGUGAGCCAAUUACGUCCACUUGUAUGCGCUUUUACUCGUGAGUGCUGUGUAAAUAGUCCCUACCGUUCUGUUUUUGUAAAUUUUUUUUCUUCGAAAUGUCGAAUCGUUUUGCUCCUCACCACU